GGAGCCCUAAAACAAUGCACGGCAACGGCGGAACAGAAAGCACAGGGCAGCAGUUUCCGACCGGUGGAUGGGGAAGUGCUGCCCACUGUUGGCUCUCUCUCGGCUUCCCCCUCUUUUCUUCCUUCCCUUUCCCACGAUUGCCGUGGCUGAGAUCCCAGAUCCAAGAUGGAGUCGCUGAGUAAAGCGGGGCAGGAGAUGAGCCUGGCGGCCUUAAAGCAGCACGACCCCUACAUCACCAGCAUCGCUGACGUGACCGGCCAGGUGGCCCUUUACCACUUCAGCCCGAAGGCCAACGAGUGGGAGAAGACUGACAUUGAAGGUACUUUAUUUGUGUACAAAAGAUCUGCGUCACCUUAUCAUGGCUUUACAAUUGUGAAUCGACUGAACAUGCACAACUUGGUUGAGCCUGUAAACAAAGACUUAGAGUUUCAACUACAUGAACCUUUUCUUCUGUAUAGAAAUGCAAACUUGUCAAUUUAUAGUAUCUGGUUCUAUGACAAGAAUGACUGUCAUCGAAUAGCAAAACUCAUGGCUAAAGUAGUGCAGGAAGAAGCUCAGAGAUCACAGCAACUGUUGCAGGGCAGAAGAAAUGGCAGCAGAAUUAAUGGAUGCAGUGAUAUCCUAGAGAUGCUUAGCAAAGCCAAGGUUGAAUAUGAGCGGAAUCAGAAGAGUGACUUCAUUUGUGGGACACAGCAAAGUUCAAAUCCUACCAAGAUUGAAAAUACAGAGAUUUCGGAGCAUGGAGCAUCAGUGUUACAAAUGCAAGACCAUCCAUGCUCAUCCGUACCAAAACAUCUAACAGUGGAAGAAUUAUUUGGAACUUCAUUUCCAAAGGAACACUGUACAGUUCCACAUUCUAAUCCAGAGAGAAACGAGAAGCCUGAUGCUAUGUGCAGAGACCACAACUUGCUCCUACCUUUUUCAUUUGAGCAAUCAACCGUGAUCCACCAGCCUCUGGGGAAACUGGAUGGUUCAAGCAUCAAAAGUAAUUCUUGUAAUUUAUUGCCACAGGAGUGCAUGCCACCUUUGCUAAUUGCCUCACCUUCUGCUUCACAACCUGAAGCAAAUAAAGCUUCAACCUAUACUGUUCAGUUAAGCCCUAUCCUUAAUUCAGCCUUGGUCAAAGAAGCUCCCUGUGUGCAAAAACUUCAGAGUAUGAAUACAAACAAUAACAUACUGCAAGUUAUGCAGCAGGCUGCCAAGCAAAUGCCUCCACUUGUGAAUCAGCAGUCAUCUAAUAUAAACCAUGGUCUGAAAAAUAUGACUCCCAGUCAGAACCAGUUCUUAACAUCUUUGGCGGCAACAAAUACGGGAGAUGCUUCAAACACACCACUUCCAAAUACAGAUCUUCUUCAAAAACUCAGGUUUACCCCACAGCAUGACCUUAUGCAACAGUCAGUAAAUAAAACACCAAUAGCACCUAAUUGUUCUGCUGUUAGCCAGCUGGCAACACCAGAUUGUUUCAAAGAAUCCCACACCAAACAAGCGCUGGCUGGCAAAAUGAUUCCACCUGUUCAGGUUGCAUCCCCACAGUUUGCUACAGUUACAACCACAAUGGCACCUUCGGUUCUCUUGUCACCUAGUGUGUUCCAACAGUCAGCUACGAAAUCCUCUGAAAUUGAAAACAAAGUUGGCUCUGCUUCUCCUCUUACUCUUGGAGCAGUAGAUGCUCAAACAUUACCUCCUACAGUUCUCAGUAGAUCUCAGCUUCAAGAAACUUUAAUAUAUCUAAUAAAGAAUGAUGCGAAUUUUCUUAGUACUCUUCAUGAAGUUUAUUUACAAGUCAUGACCAAGAAUACAGACAGCAUCAAACUAUGAAUGAAGUGAAUUCAAUUCCACUGACCACCUCUCUGCUUCAGAAACAAUUAUGCCUCUUCUGUAAAACUGUAACAUUUUUAAAGAUUGUUUUUAGUUCUUUAAGUCUUAAUUUUUGUUAAAUUAAGGAGACAUUGUUCCUUAAAAGAAUUGUAUAACUAAUGUUCUCAGAAGUUAUCUAGGUUUCACUGUGACCAAUCACCAGCAGGCUUUUAUUUCUAUGUGGGGAAAAUGGUCUUCGUGUUUAACAACACAUUAUUUUUGAGUGGUUGUUGAGUAAUGUAAAAAUGUUUUCCCCAUCCCACACAUACAUCUGAAUAAUUAGGAUAAAUUUGGUUUAAGCCAUCUUUGGUAGUACACCAAAGAUAACAAGAAUAGUGAUUCUAGCUUCUGACUUAAAGAGCUACAGAAGUUCAUUUUAGGGCCUUGGGAGGAAACAAUGACAAGCAUUGUAAAAAUGAUGCUUUUAGCUUUGAAACUAGAUGGCCUUAAUGUGGUAUUGACCAUCAAAUUGACUCAGAGCUGAUUGAUGUAUUCUGUUUUACUAAGGCAAAAUCAAAGUGGAUUAUGAAAUAUCCCUUUAACAAUACCUGCAGUGUGUGUGUGUUUUGUUAAAGGUACUGUAUUUAAACAAGCAGUUUUUAAACAGGAAUGGAUGAAACAUCAUUGCAGUCACUUUAUUGUCCUUUCCCAGAUAAUGCAAAUUUUGGAGGUUUGUCUGUAGAAUGGAUGGGCUGGUACCAUGUAUGAGUGUGUAAUUUCAUUUGUGGUGUUUAAAAAUGGGCAUAUGAACAACAAAUGCAGUUUGCUUUUCUUUCCAUAUUUGUUUCUAUUUGAAGGUUUGUGUGAGUUCUCAUAGAUGGGUUUUUAUUACCACUGUAAAGAUCACACUUCUUUCCAAAGGGAGUCGCUCUGAUCUUUAGUUGUUUUAUAUGCUGCUAUUGGUUUCUUCUUGACUUGUAUUUAUUUUAUUAUGGCAUGCGAUGGUAGCUAGCAAUACUCUAGUGUAAUAUAAAUCUCAGUUUGUUCAAGCAAUAGUAAUGUUAAAGGAUGGGGUGGCUUUAUUUUAUUUUAAUUUUUUUAGUGGAAGGUCUUUGUUUCAUGUUGUGAAAGAUAACUUUCUAAUCCUUUUAACCAGUCAACAUGCACUGCUUAUUUUUCAAAGAAUUGUUGAAAUGGAGGAAGAUACUGUUUUGGCCCUACUUAUUACAAUCAGUUUCCUGUGCAAGCCAUUGAAAUGGGUAGGGCUUGGUAAAAAGCACAGCUGGGAUCUUGUAAAAGCCCCCUUCUUUCAGUAGAGUUUGCAACAGAAAAAGUCCUGGAGUAGAAUGUACCUGCUACUCUUAAAAUGUAAAUUCAAAUGAUCCCAUUAAGAUGCAGAUGCUGUCUGUAAUUCAUCUACCAAGCUUUAAUUAUGAUUCACCACAAAUCAGUGUUUUGAUAUAAGUAGUGUGUUGAAUUUUAAAAACUCAAAAUAUGUACUUUAUUUUGAUUGAUUUUAAGUAGAUGUUUUUAUGUUUAGCAAAACCUGCCUUUUGAGAGAACCUCUUCAGCCUUUGAACUCAGUGUUUCUAGUUGCAGACAUAGUAUUUUAUAUCAGAUAUAUGUGCAGAAUUCAGGGAAAUAUGUUAGUAGUGACAUGCAUAUUUGAUGUAGUGGCUUUAACGGCAAAACUCAAAUGCAUCUUUUCAGGCUUUGUAGGCCUUUUUUAGGAAACGUAAGAGCUCUGCUUAUAUGCUGGACUUUUGAUAGCACACUUGUGUACAGUGCUGUGGAAAAGUAUUUGCCCCCUGUCUGAUUUUCUGUGUGGUUGCAUAUUUUUGGUACUGUAUGUUAUCAGAUCU